AGUAUUGCAUUAUGUAUUAAUUAACUCCAUUAUAAAUACUUCACCAAACCCACUCUCCUUCAUCAUCAAACGCUAACUUCCAAUUUCAGUUUGGUUUCACUUUCAGUUUCUCUCCAAUGAAGUUCAAUCUUCUCAACGUUUAUACACUUUUUUCUCUAGCGCUGGUGGCAACUCAUGCAGUGACUCCUGAUGUUUACUGGAAGUCUGUAUUGCCAAACAGUCCUAUGCCCAAAACAAUCAAGGAUCUUGUACACACUGCAGAAUGGUCGGAAGAGAUGAACACUGCAGUCGGAGUUGGGAAAGGCGGUGUAGCCGUGCACACUGGAAAACCAGGGAAAAGAACAAAUGUAGGUGUUCGAAAAGGCGGAGUGACUGUUAACACCGGAAAAGGAACAAACGUAGGGGUUGGAAAAGGUGGUGUGGGUGUGCAUACCGGAAAACCAGGGAAACGGACAGAUGUUGGUGUUGGAAAAGGUGGUGUCGGUGUGCAUACUGGAAAACCAGGGAAACGGACGAAUGUUGGUGUUGGAAAAGGUGGUGUAGCCGUGCAUACAGGUCACAAAGGUAAGCCAGUUUAUGUGGGUGUAGGUAAAGGACCAAAUCCAUUCGUGUACAACUAUGCUGCCUCCGCAGAUCAACUCAAGGAUAACCCAAACGUAGCGUUUUUUUUCUUGGAAAACGACUUGCAUCAAGGUACGGAGAUGAAGUUGCACUUCACUAAAGACGACCAAAAAGCCACGUUCUUACCUAGACAGGUAGCUGACUCAAUACCAUUUUCAUCAAACAAGCUUCCUCAAAUCUACAAUGAGUUCUCGAUAAAAUCCGACUCCGUGGAAGCCCAAGACAUGAAACAAACACUAAGUGAAUGCGAGAACAAAGGCAUUGAAGGGGAGGAAAAGUAUUGUGCUACCUCGUUAGAGUCCAUGGUCGAUUUUAGUACGAGCAAGUUAGGUAAAAACGUUAAAGCGAUAUCAACAGAGGUAAACGCUAAAGAAAGUACUCCGUUACAAAAGUACACGAUUGAAGGAGCCAAGAAACUUGCAGCAGAUAAAGCUGUGGUUUGCCACAAGCAAAACUACGCAUAUGCUGUCUUUUAUUGCCACAAAACUGUUAACACUCGAGCGUAUUCUGUUUCUUUGGUGGGAGCUGAUGGUACGAAAGCUAAAGCUGUGGCUGUUUGCCAUACAGACACUGCGAAGUGGAAUCCAAAACAUUUGGCGUUUCAAGUGCUCAAGGUCAAACCAGGAAGUGUUCCAGUUUGCCAUUUCUUACCCGAAGAUCAUGUUGUUUGGGUUCCAUACUAAUAAACACUGCAGGAAGUUCAUGUUACACCUAUACAUGUAGUGCGUGUGUGUGUCUUUUUCUGGACAAUCUAUAAGGUUUAGUAAUGAAACUAUUUUAUUAAGGAUUUGCUGCAUCUUUCUAUAUGUUCGGUUUAUGAUCAGUAUUUGUAAAGUUAAGUAAUAAAUACUACUUUUUCUA